GGACGGAGGCGGGGGUUUGCGGCGGCGCAGCAACGGAGGCAGCUGAGGAGGGGAGGAGUCGCCGCCGCCGCUGCCGCCGCCGUUGCUUCCAUGGCGCUGAGUCUGGACCGCGAGGCCUACUACCGUCGCAUCAAGCGCCUCUACAGCAACUGGCAGAAAGGAGAAGAUGAAUAUGCCACCAUUGAUGCCAUUGUGGUCUCAGUGGGAGUGGACGAAGAGACUGUCUAUGCCAAGUCCACUGCCCUGCAGACAUGGCUAUUUGGCUACGAACUCACCGACACAAUCAUGGUUUUCUGUGAGGACAAGAUCUUCUUCAUGGCCAGCAAGAAGAAGGUGGAAUUCCUGAAGCAGAUUGCAAACAGCAAGAGUAACGAGAGCACCAAUGGGGUGCCAGCAAUCACGUUGCUCAUACGGGAGAAGAAUGAGAGCAACAAAGGAAAUUUUGACAAGAUGAUUGACGCGCUGAAAAGCAGCAAGAAUGGCAAGCGCAUUGGGGUCUUCAGCAAGGACAAGUUCCCUGGGGAGUUCAUGAAUAGCUGGAAUGACGCUCUCAGCAAGGAAGGCUUCGAGAAAGUGGAUAUCAGUGCUGUGGUGGCCUACACCAUCGCUGUGAAGGAAGAUGGGGAGAUUGCCAUGAUGCGCAAAGCGGCUGCCAUCACUUCAGAGGUCUUCACCAAGUUCUUGAAGGACCGAGUUAUGGAGAUAGUUGAUGCUGAUGAGAAAGUGCGGCACAGUAAGCUGGCAGAGUCAGUGGAGAAGGCCAUUGAAGAAAAGAAAUACCUGUCUGGAGCCGACCCCUCCACUGUUGAGAUGUGCUACCCUCCUAUUAUCCAGAGUGGAGGACAUUACAAUCUCAAGUUUAGUGUUGUCAGUGAGAAGUCCUAUGUGCACUUUGGGACGGUCACUUGCGCCAUGGGGAUCCGCUACAAAUCCUACUGCUCCAACCUCGUCCGCACCCUUAUGGUGGACCCACCUCAGGAAACACAGGACAACUACACCUUCCUGCUGCAGCUGCAGGAUGAGAUGCUCAAAGAACUGCGGCCUGGUGUGAAGCUGUGUGAGGUAUAUGCUGCUAUCAUGGAUAUGGUGAAGAAACAAAAGCCAGAGCUAUUGAGCAAAAUCACCAAGAACUUGGGGUUUGCCAUGGGAAUUGAGUUCAGAGAAGGUUCUCUUGUGAUCAAUAGCAAAAAUCAGUAUCGCCUCAAAAAAGGAAUGGUUUUCAGCCUCAAUGUGGGGUUCUCAGACCUGACCAACAAAGAGGGAAAGAAACCAGAAGAGAAAACUUAUGCAUUGUUCAUCGGGGAUACUGUGUUGGUGGAAGAGGAGGGCCCUGCUACACUUCUGACUUCUGUCAAGAAGAAGGUCAAGAAUGUCAGCAUUUUACUCAAGAAAGAAGAUGAGGAGGAGGUGGAAGAAGAAGAUGACACAGAGGGAAUCCUGCUUGGCCGUGGCUCCCGGGCAGCCCUCUUGCCAGAAAGAACUCGGAACGAGCUGACGGCUGAAGAGAAACGCAGGGCGCACCAGAAAGAACUGGCCACUCAGUUAAAUGAAGAAGCCCGUCGACGGUUGACAGAACAAAAGGGGGAGCAGCAGAUCCAGAAGGCUCGUAAAUCCAAUGUCUCCUACAAAAACCCUUCCCUGAUGCCAAAGGAGCCGCACAUCCGAGAGAUGAAGAUCUACAUUGACAAGAAGUACGAGACCGUCAUUAUGCCUGUCUUUGGCAUUGCCACUCCUUUCCACAUUGCCACCAUCAAGAACAUCAGUAUGUCAGUGGAAGGUGACUACACCUACCUGAGAAUCAACUUCUAUUGCCCAGGCAGUGCCCUGGGUCGCAAUGAGGGCAACAUCUUCCCCAAUCCUGAAGCUACUUUUGUGAAAGAAAUAACUUAUCGGGCGUCCAAUUUAAAAACACCUGGGGAGCAGCUGGUGCCAGCUCUCAACCUCCAGAAUGCCUUCCGUAUCAUCAAGGAGGUGCAGAAGCGCUACAAGACCCGUGAGGCUGAGGAGAAGGAGAAGGAGGGGAUUGUCAAGCAAGACUCUUUGGUGAUUAACCUGAACCGCAGCAAUCCCAAGCUGAAGGACCUUUACAUCCGCCCCAACAUUGCCCAGAAAAGGAUGCAGGGGUCUUUGGAGGCUCACGUCAAUGGUUUCCGCUUUACUUCUGUGCGCGGGGACAAAGUGGACAUUCUGUACAACAACAUCAAGCAUGCUGUGUUUCAGCCUUGUGACGGGGAGAUGAUCAUUGUCCUGCACUUUCACCUCAAGAAUGCCAUUAUGUUUGGCAAGAAGCGCCACACAGAUGUGCAGUUCUAUACCGAGGUGGGCGAAAUCACCACUGAUCUGGGCAAGCAUCAACACAUGCACGACCGCGACGACCUGUAUGCUGAACAGAUGGAGCGUGAGAUGAGGCACAAGCUGAAAACGGCAUUCAAGAAUUUCAUUGAGAAGGUUGAGGCUCUGACCAAGGAGGAGCUGGAAUUCGAAGUGCCCUUCCGGGAUCUGGGGUUCAAUGGUGCCCCUUACAGAAGUACCUGCCUCCUCCAACCAACCAGCAGUGCCCUAGUGAAUUGUACUGAGUGGCCCCCCUUUGUGGUGACACUAGACGAGGUGGAGCUGAUCCACUUUGAGCGGGUGCAGUUCCACCUGAAGAACUUCGACCUCGUCAUUGUCUACAAAGAUUACAGUAAGAAGGUCACCAUGAUCAACGCCAUUCCUGUGGCCUCACUGGACCCCAUCAAGGAGUGGCUCAACUCGUGCGACAUCAAGUACACAGAAGGGGUGCAAUCUCUCAACUGGACCAAAAUCAUGAAAACUAUUGUGGAUGACCCAGAAGGCUUCUUUGAGCAAGGUGGAUGGUCGUUCCUUGAGCCUGAGGGAGAGGGAAGCGACGCCGAAUCAGGAGGGUCAGGAUCUGAGAUUGAAGAUGAGACAUUCAACCCUUCAGAGGAGGAGGACGAUGAUGAAGAGGACACUGAUGAAGACUAUUCUUCUGAGGCAGAGGAUACAGAUUACUCGAAGGAUUCCCUCGGAAGCGAAGAAGAGCGAGGGAAAGAUUGGGACGAGCUGGAAGAAGAGGCACGGAAAGCUGACCGCGAGAGCCGGUACGAAGAAGAGGAGGAGAGGAGCCACACCCUGUCCCGCAAGAGGAAGGGCGCCUCGUCCCAUAGCUCUGGGCACCACAGGAGUUCCCACAGCCGAAGCCCUGGCCGAAGCUCGGCUCCCCCCAAGAAGAAGAGGAAGUAGAUGGCAAACUCCAGCCUUUCCCAUCUGCCAAUUUUUCAGGGGUCGGGGCUUUUGAGGCCCCAUCCAGCCGCCAACAACGUUUCGGGCAUGGGGGGAGGGUUGUUGCCAGCCUUCCCCACAAACUCUUUCAUCUUCCCCUCACACACAAACACACCUUUGCCCUUCUUUUUUUUCCCCCAUUUCUCUCUUUUGUUUUGUUUCUAUUCCUUGAAUUGUUCCUGACCAUUCGUAUGGACCAAUGAGCUGUGAGAGAUAUUCCAGGCCAUAUUGUGGUGUUAGCUAUGGACACAAAUUCUGCCCAGGAGGAUUGGAGUGUGAGGUUCAGGAAUCCCGUCUCAGCGAUAAUAAUUCUUUGCUUUCCCCUUUCCCCCAUCUCUCUUCUGUCCCUCCCGUCUGUGGGGUAUAUAUUGACUCUUGAAUUCCCUUAAAACCUCCUUGACUUUCAUUGACUUUAGACAAAAUGUGGGCCGAAGCAGUGGUGGGUUGGCCUGGGAAUUAGUCCAGAGUAAGAACACAUACUUUAGCAAAGCAGACAGCGUGCUGCUUUCGUGUCAUCAUUUACUGAUGGGGAAAAAAGUGGGCUGUGUCCCACUUUUUGUGAAGCAAAAGCCUGGUUGAGAGAGGAAGUCCCACAAUGGAACAGAGUUGGAGAAGAGGGCCUAGCAUUUUCCAUACCAGGAUGUGGGGUGAAGACACAAUUGAGACAAAAAGGUUCUUGCUCCCCCUCCCCAAACCCUAUUUUUGAUUU